AACCUUACUUUUUAUUUACGAGUUGCUUAAUUAUGUUUAUUUUACUAAAAUACGUCGUAAUUUUAAUCAGUGUUAAAGCCAUGAAAUAUCAUGGUUUGUGGUGUUCCUUGUCCGUGAACUGAUAUUACAAGUGGUACAAUCACUAAUUAAUUAAAGUUUGAAACUAAUAAAUCACAACUUGUGUUUAUAACUUUCCCACAUUAAUAUAAAUUCUUAUUAAAAGUUUGUGUGUAUUUUAAGUUAAUUUAUGUGACAGUGUGGUAUAAAACCCGCUUUUGGUGUUAUUUAGUGAUUCAACGAUGUCAUCGCUUUUAUCGGCCGAAUUGGCCGCUACUUGCAGUGCUUUGGGUUAUUACGAUGCUAAAUCUAAUAAGUAUUAUGCAGAUUCUAAUACUCUUGAGACUGUAAAAGAUUUAAUUCGAUACUUGAGACGGGAUGAUGAAAGCCAUGAUAUACGCAGACAACUUGGCGAAAUUAAGGUCUUGCAGAACGAUUUGGUGCCCCUUUUGAAGAGCUAUUGGGAGGAGACUGACUUAUUCGACGUUUUGUUAAGACUUUUAGUGAAUUUAACAACUCCUGCUUUAAUGUUGUGGAACGAGGAGGUCCCCACAGACAAAAUAACGCGAAACCACUACUUGCAGAUAGAAGAUCAUUUAAAAAGCUACAAGCAGACGUUCGCAGAUGAAACCUUUUGGGCCGUUCUGAGUACGAGAUUGAGUAAAAUUUUAGAAACUAGUUAUACGGAACGCGGGGACGAAAACAGCUUGAUAAUAGAGAGGAUCCUCAUCCUGAUUCGAAAUAUAUUAUACGUCCCCCCCGACCCAAGCACCGAAAAACGCCCCGAUAACGACGCUAGCAUCCACGACCAGGUGUUGUGGGCGUUACAUCAAUCCGGAAUGUUGGAUAUAAUUUUGUUCAUAACAAGUUCCACGAACGAGAAAGCUUAUUACAUGCACACUUUAGAAAUAUUGUCGUUUAUGUUAAGAGAACAGAAAGCGGCGGAAUUGGCGAGGGCUGCUCUCCAACGGAGCGAGACGGAAAAAAUGAGAGAUGAAGCUGAACUACUCGCGAUAAGACAUCGCGAGACCAAGCAAAAGCACCAAAAAACCAAAUUGUACAACGGAGCAAGGCAUUCGAGAUUCGGCGGCACAUACGUCCUAAAAUCAAUGAAAUCAAUUAGCGACAACGAACUUAUUUAUCACAAGCCGUUAAAUAAACUCGAAGCUUUGAAUUUCGACGCGGACAAAAAGAAGCCCAAAACACCAAAAAAUCGCAUGCCGGUGCAGAGUAGCACGUUUGAACGGCGUUCGGCUUUCAGCAUUAGAUUAUUUCUGAAAGAGUUUUGUGUUGAAUUUUUAAAUGGGGCUUACAACACGCUGAUGUAUCACGUUAAGGAUAAUUUAGUCCGAGCUAGGGCACAAGCACACGAUGAAUCCUAUUAUUUAUGGGCCCUUAGGUUUUUCAUGGAAUUUAAUAGAUGUUAUAAGUUUGAAGUUAAAUUAGUUAGCGAGACAAUGGCGGUGCAGACCUUCCGCUACGUGCAACAACUGAUGGAAAAAUACUUCGACAUGAUCCACUCUGAUAAGAAAAACCUCUUGCUGUGGUCCAGACGCCUCCACCUCGCCCUUCUCGCCUACAGAGAAUUGUUUCUAACACUUUGUGCCAUGGAUAAAUCCCCUGAUGAGACAGUCCGCGACUCGACUCGUGUGAUAAAAAGCAACAUAUUUUAUAUAGUGGAAUAUCGCGAAUUCGUGAUAACUUUAUUAAUCACCUACGACGAAUUGAAAAUGUCGAACGCGUAUCUGAAGGAUCUUAUGGAGACCCAACAUGUUUUCAUUAAGUUGUUGGAGAGUUUUUGCGGCUCGAACGGAGCGGUUGUCGUACAGAAAAAAGUGAAAAAGAAGGGGAGGAAGAAAAAAGCGAGUCAGGAUGAUGGCGUGCCACAGCCAGAUGUAAAUUUAGAAAGACGGUGGGAUGAAGCCGCCCCGCAGCUGUCCACCGUUCUCGAAGGAAAUGCGGACUUUUCUACAGACGUCGUUCCAUUUGAUGCCGCCUCUGACGUUCCCAUAGACGAACAAAAAGCCGAAGCUAUGAAAAACGUCCAAAGGAAGUUACGAAAUGGCGAAUACGAAAAUGCAAUCAGUCUUUUGCGGGCUGCCAGAGAAGUGUGGCCUGAAAAUAAUUGCUUUGGGAGUAACAAUAUGGCACCCGAGGAGGAAUUCUUGGCACUCCGCGACAUUUUCUUCGCGGAUUUAGGUGACGAUGAACCAACGCCUACAAUCGAGGAACAACCAAUUUACGACGAAAACGAUGAAGAAGAGGAAGAUGAGGAGGCGGGUUAUGGCGAAGUCGAUUUUAAAUUUACUGAUUUUGCACGCCGAUUGGCUCACCCAAAAAUAGUGCGAGCUUGUGGCCUAGCUUUGAGAGACUUCGAGACCAAUUCCGUAAACACAAAUCACUGCAUCAUUAAACUGCUCCAUCGCAUUGCUUUCGAUUGUAAACUUUACGUAAUGAUUUUUCAAGUAUCAAUUUUCCAGACUUUUCAGAAGAUUUAUGCCAAUAAGGAUUUUCCCCAAUAUCGUGAACUUGUGAAGUUUGCGACUUAUAUUAUUCGGCAAUUUAUAAAAAUUACGGAGAUUAAUAAGAAAGUUUAUAUGGAAAGUUUGUUCUUCAAGAAUACGAAUGAGGCGCACGAGAUCGAGUAUGGAUAUGGGACUUUGAGAAAGGCGUCUUCUCGAGGCUGGACCGAAGAGGAGGAGGACGAACUCCGUCGUUUAUUCAUGGAACACCAAACGAAUCAAGUGCAAGACGACAUCGUCGAUUGGAUCGUUAAUAAUCUUAUUGAUAACACGCGAACUCGUCGCGCCGUGUUGAAAAAACUCAAAGAUAUGUCUCUCCUCGUCAAUCCUGCGACCAUGAGAAAAUCUACACGUUGCGAGUGGGGCGACGAGGAAGAGAUACAAUUACGGGAAUUGUUCAACGAAUUCAGAGACGCCGCCGAUCCGCUCGGAUGCAUAAUGCUUAGAUUAGAAGUGAAGAGGUCGAAGCAGAUGCUUACGAAGAAGUUGCUAGAUUUGGGGUUGAUACGGGACAAAGCCGAAGUGAGGAAGAAGAGAGGGGGAGCGAAGAGGCCGACAGAGUCGAGGCGAGACAGCGAUUCGGAAAGUAAUGGAUCAGAAGAUGAUGAUGAUGAUGAUGGUGGUGGUGGUGGAACUAGUCAAGUAGAUAAUUCCUCGACACAAAGAAACACAAAUAAAACAAAAAGCAAGAAAAAGAAACAUGUAACACGGGAAAUAAAUAUGGCCUCAGAUAGUCGGAUUGCCACACUUUUAAUAAAACUGGUCGAUUCAGGGAUGAGCGAAGCGCUAGAAUGGCUCAAAGACAGUUUCUCUGACGCUAUUGAAGAUUUCGAAAAUGAUGACGGAUGUGAAGGAAUUCCAUUGGUCCCAAUAAUGGAUUAUGCAGUUAAUGCUAUGGAAAAUGCUGAUUUUAUUGAAACUCUCAAAGCUCUCGGCGUUGCUGAGCCUUUCGACGAACAGGAAAUGUAUUGGAGAAUCCCUGGGAACUUAUCAGUCGAUGUGAUAAGAAAAUAUUUACAUUUGUUACAACAAGCCAUUGAUAAUACACUUACGGUUCCUGAAUCACAACAAACUAUUGAAUCACAAGAUACGGAAGAUGGGGCUAAAUCUCCGCAUACUUCAUUUGAAAAUGAGAAAAAAAUCAGAAAAAAUAAGAAACAAAAACAGAAGAACAAUAAUAGCAAUGUGGUAGAAACCGAACCAUCUACUUCAUUCAAUAAGAAGAAAAAAAUAAGAAAAAUGGUAGACAGUGAAGAUUCUUCUAAUGACAACACACAAAAUACUAAAGAUGGAGCUGAGUCUUUAUCAAGAAAAAAGAAAAAACUAAGAAAUCUCGUCGACAGUGAUGAGGAAGAUAAUGAAGAAAACAUACAAAUUAGUAUUUCUUUUGAAAGAAAUGUCAUAGAGAGUGAUGAAGAAGAAGACAAUUCGACUGCGCCUUCACAAGUGAAGAAGAAUGUUAGGAAAAUUAUCGACGAAGAUGAAGAUGAGGAAAAUGAUAUUACUAAGCGAAACCGGAUUGAUUCUGAUUCAGAGACGGAAAAGCCGGCGUCAAAGCGCACGAGGACUAUUUCAAGUGAUGAAGAUUAGAUAAUAAUUUUUUGUAGACAUAAUUUUAUCAUCAAUAAAUUUUU